AUUAGAUCAAUGCUAUGAUGAUGAAGAGUGGGAGAGUGCUAAGGAUCUGGCCAGACAUAAGAAAAAAGAAGAAAAUGAUAGGGUCUAUAUGUUUCUAGCAGGGAUCAAUAGGGACCUAGAUGAAGUUAAGGGGAGGAUACUUGGAAAAAAACCUCUACCUUCUAUCAGGGAGGUAUUUUCUGAAAUCAGGAUGGAGGAUAGCAGGAAGAAGGUCAUGUACAACACCCCAGCACCUAAUGAGGAACCUGGGGAAUCUUCAGCAUUGGUGGCCAGAAGUGAUGACAACAAGAAAAAACCUUGGUGUGAUCACUGCAAGAAAAUGUGGCACACAAGGGAUACAUGCUGGAAACUCCAUGGAAAACCACCAGGAGCUGGGAAGAAGAAAGUAGAAAGGGCCCUACAAACUACUGUGACUGAGACUCAACAAGAGGCAGGAGUUGAACCUAAACAGCUACCAUUCACUCAGGAACAGAUAGAGUACCUACUCAGAUUCAUUCCUACCCAGAAAAUCUCCAAUCCUGAAAACCCUACCUGUUCUUUUGCCCAGAAUGGUAAAAUAACAUCAUAUUUUUGUUCUGAAAAAACUAAAAACACCUGGGUCAUUGACUCAGGUGCAACAGACCACAUGACCUAUAUUCCAAAGUUUUUUUCUUCUUAUCAACCUUGUGCAGGAGAUAAAAAAGUUAGAGUUGCAGAUGGCUCUUUCUCAGCCAUAGCCGGGAUGGGAAAUAUUAAAAUUUCCUCAUCCAUUAACCUUUCCAAAGUCUUACAUGUUCCUAAACUUUCCUGCAAUCUUAUCUCUAUUAGCAAAAUUACUAAAGAUCUUCAGUGUUGUGUAAAAUUCUUUCCCUCUUAUUGCAUUUUUCAGGAUCUGGCAUCAGGGAAGAUGAUUGGCAGUGCUAGAGAGGAAGAUGGCCUCUAUACUUUUGAUGAAGGAACACAAUUGAAUAAACAAGGUUUCUAAACAGGUUCUGCUGUAUGGAAUACUUGGUGAAGAUGGUCUUUACAAGUUUCAAUCCUUUCCAGCUCUUGGGUCUCACAACUCUACUUCAAAUCUGUCCAAGUUUCAUCCCCAUACAUCUGUGUUCCCUAGAUCUCUUGUAUCUACUUGUAAUAACUCUCAAUCAACCUUCAGUUGUAAUAUUUGGCAUUUAAGGCUAGGUCAUCCUCAUUUUGAGGCCCUUAAGUCUGUACUGAAUCUAUGUAAUAUUCCAUAUAUCAAUAAGAAUGCUAUUGACUUUUGUUCUGCAUGUUGUUUGGGUAAAGCUCACAGACUACCCUCUUACCCAUCUACAACUGUUUUUCAUUCUCCUUUUGAACUGAUUUAUACUGACUUAUGGGGGCCAGCUCCUAUUCAGUCCUUUGAUGGCUACACUUACUAUAUAUCAUUCAUUGAUGCAUUCACCAAAUAUACCUGGAUCUACUUUCUCAAAAAGAAAUCAGAUGCAUUCUUAGCCUUUCAAAACUUCCAUCAAUACAUCCUAAAUCAGUUUAACAUCUCCAUUAAGUCAAUCCAAUCUGAUUGGGGAGGAGAAUUCAGAUCAUUCACAAAGUUUCUCACUGAAAAAGGUAUUAAUCAUAGAGUUAUCUGUCCUCAUACACACCAUCAAAAUGGUGUUGUUGAAAGGAAACAUCGCACCAUUGUUGAGAAAGGUCUAUGUCUCCUUGCACAUUCUUCUCUGCCUUUCAAAUUCUGGGACACUGCCUUUGCCACUGCUGUACAUCUUAUCAACAAACUUCCAUCAAAAUCUAUUGCAAAUCUCAGCCCACAUUUCAAACUUUAUGGUACUAUUCCUGAGUAUACCUUUCUCAAAGUUUUUGGUUGCUCCUGCUAUCCUUUCAUUAGGCCUUACAAUAAACAUAAAAUGGAUUACCAUUCCAAGGAAUGUGUUUUUCUGGGAUACUCUUCGCAUCACAAAGGCUAUAAAUGUCUCUCUCCCUGUGGCAGAAUUUAUCUUUCCAGGGAUGUUAUAUUUGAUGAAACCAAAUUUCCUUACACUACUCUUUUUCAAUCCCCAUCCAGUUUAUCUUCAAGUGUCCCAGUUUCCUUAUCAGCCCCAAUAGCAAUUCACUCUCCUUCUCAUUCAUCUUCAUUCCACUCUGACAAUGGUGCUACUCCUACAUCCAAUUCCAACAGUUCAAAUUCUUCUCCUACAUCUUCAUCCAUUCCAUCUCAGUUUAACACUGAUCAUCAAAUUCCUCAUCAACAAUCCUCCCAAUCUGAGUCAACUCCUUCUAAUUCAUUUAAUGAUAACAUUGCCCACUCUCACUCCUCAUCAUCUGAUUCUAAUCCUCCUCCACCUCCAAGUCCUCCUCACAACAAUCAUCCCAUGCAAACCAGAUCCAAAUCUGGGAUUGUAAAACCUAGACUUAAUCCCACCUUACUGUUAGCUCAUAUAGAGCCUAAAUCAGUGAAGCAAGCUCUCUCUUCUCCACCUUGGCUUGCAGCAAUGAAAUCUGAAUACAAUGCCCUGAUUGCUA